AUGACUACUAUAAAAUUAUCAUUGCUGAUCAUCGGAAUCCUUGUGCCAGCGAAAUUGGCUCACAGAGAGUGCAACAACUGUGAGAACUGCUGCAAUGUAUAUAACUGUGUAUCUGGUGAUAUGCAUGUGGAAGAGCAAAGCAAAGGAAUCAUCCGCGUAUCACAACUAUCCAAUGGAGACUUCAUCCGAGGAAUUUCCGGAGCCGAUCGUAAGCCUGGUUGGUGCAGAGUUGAAGCCGUUUAUCCCUCUUCAAACGUAACGGUAACUACAUAUGAAGGUUUCACAGCGGGCCACAUGGUGGUUGAUGAUGACUUUGUACACCAAUUCGGAAAGAAGGGCAACGCGACACAAAACAUACCAUUUAAACUGGCCACAGAGUGCGAUGCCACCCUGAACGCCGCUGGUCAGGCGUUUACACCCAUCAGCACCACAUUUUGUCCUCAUGAUCUGGGAUGGAGCGAGUACCUGACCCUGAUGGCUGCUAUUCGACGCGUUACAGAUCGCACUGGGUUUUUCUGGUAUUUCAGCGAUGCCUUCCAUGAUAACGACACAGCUCAUGUACCAUUUUGGACGGACAUGUUGCAUGAAAUGUGCCUGGAGCUCUUGAGCUGUGCCCGCGAUGGAAAAUGCCAGCAGUUUGAGAAUGUGAUGGCCGAGUUCGUUCGAGAACACGUGAAUAAGAGGUACGUGGGCAUCGUUGAAGUCGUGUUUCCCAACAUGGGCGGUGAUGUGAGGAAAGAAGAAGCUGGUACUAUCACUGAGACUGUUCGACCUAAGACAAUGAAAAGCAUUAUGCUCAUUUCUGCUAUCGGCAGCGCCAUAGGUGGGUUCUUGCUUGUUGUGCUUGUUGCAGCCAUACUGUACAGGAAAAAACACCACCGAGGAAACAGGAAAAUGCGGAUUCUGCAAGUCAGCCACCCCCAAAUCAAAAGUGUCAAUGAAAAGGCCUAG